AUGAAGAGAAAGUACAAAACAAAGCAUCUAGAGAAACACCAAAGAAAGAGUUCUGGAAAAUUAUACACUGAGCCUGGUGAAGAUUGUAUAAGGAAGAAACUGAAAGAGAAGAAGCAUAACAAGAAGUCCAAAAAGAAAAGUAGGAGUCCAAGUACAGACUUUGGUUGUGAUGACAAGUCUGAUGGGCAUAGCAGGAAACAUCACAAAAAGAGGAAGAAACACAGGAGGAAAAACAAAAGAGACAAAGACAAGGAUAAAGGGAGGAUGAGAAGGAAUAGCCCAGAUGUGAUUACAGUUACCACUGACAGUCAAAGUGACAAUACAGACCCUACUCUACCCUCAGACAGUAAUGUCUGUACUGUUAGAUCCACUGUUGUUAUUGCAGACAGUGCUAGAAAAACUCAACAAGCAUCUGCUGCCACUGAAUGUAGUUCUAUUGGGGAUGUAGAAAAUCACCCCCCAAAAGAUUAAUGUCAUACUGCCUUUUAAAAUAAACAGUUAUUGAAACAAAUUGCCAAAAAAACAUAUGACUGUUUAUAAAUAAGUUUUUAUAAAUGCCAAAUGUAUAUAUGAAAUGGUAAAUAUUAGGCCUAAUAGGUCUGUAAUUGUAUGACUUCAUGUAACAUCAAUCAUUUUUGUACAACAACAUUCUCAAAGGUUUACAUUUUUUUCAGACCCUUUUUAUGUGACUGGCUCUAAUAAACUGCCUUUUACAAUGUAUU